AUGGACGUCGGUGUGCGCGUUAAAAGUGUACGACAAUACUGCGUUAAGACCAUGCAACGGUUACUUUCGGACAAGAAUAUUUUGGAAAAUUGUAAACUUCCACAUACCAACGCCGAGGUCCUUUAUGCCGCAGCGUGGAUAACUGGAGAAUAUUGCAGUUAUUUGGAAAAUCCUCUUGAAGCGAUGGAGUACCUUGUUCAACCUGGUAUCACAAAACUUUCGCAUAAUGUACAGGCUGUGUAUAUCCAUAGUAUUUUGAAAAUAUAUGCAUAUUGGGCAAAUAACCUCUCAUACAAUUGGAAUGAUGAUGCAAAACAAGAAUUGGCGCGGUUUACCUUAACAUUAAAGGAAAAAGUCGGAGUGUUCUGUUCGUGUUCGGAUUUAGAAGUACAAGAACGAGCAUACAAUAUACGCGAAAUAUUUUCUAUAAUUCAUGAGAAUUUGACGUCGGCGCCCCAAAAUAAUUAUCUUGCUCUUGGAAAGCCUCCUCAAGUUAUCUCUGAAAUCCAAUCACUUUUCUUUUCUUAUGAGCUUAACCCUGUGGCUCCCAAAGCUCAAAAGAAA